AUAGUCAAUAGAAGUUAUACCUGGUCGGGAAAUAAAGUAUUUCGACAAAACGGUCUUAUUGUUUAAAAAUAUAGUAAUCACGUGAUCAAAGUAAGUGCAAAAAAAAAUUUACCGAUUGAAGAAAGUCCUCAGUUUUAUUCACUUCUCUUAAUUCUAAAAGCUUGCCAUUCAAUUAAUUUUAAUAUUAAUUUUGUUCAAGCUGUUUAAAUAAUUAAGUUAAAAUUAUUUUAUAACUUUUUUGAGUUAAAAAUGCCUGGAGCAAAUUGUGCUUUUUCUGAAUGUGGAAUUACAAGAAACUCUAAACACCAAGGUAUUGGAAUAUUUCAACUUCCAAAUCGGCCAGAUGAUUUUCAUCAACAAUGGAGAAAAAAUAUACUAAACAUUUUGUCAAAAUGUAGACAUUUUGACAAGCAUCUCAAAGAGCGCAUUGCAAAUGGAAAUAUCUUUCUUUGUGAACUUCAUUUUGAGCCAACAGAUAUUGAGUUUACAAAAACUGGUCGAAAAAUGUUAAAGCUUGGGGCAAUACCAUUGCUCAACAUUCCUAAGAAAUCUCAUGAAACUGUUAAAGCUCCUGAAAGAAGGCAUAAAUCUAUUGUUAAAGAUAUUUUGACUACAGAAGAAAAACAUACAGACAAAUACAAAAACUUUAGUGAACUUACUAACAUAGUAAAGAAGCUUAAACUCAAUUGGUUUAUAUCAUAUGAUAAAAACUUUAUUUCAUUUAAAUCUUUUCAAACUUUUACGUUAGUACCACAUUUAGAAGUUGUUGUUGGAUGUAGUCUAGAAUUUUUUGUUAUUGUUUAUGGAUGGACAUUGCCUGAUGACCAUCACUUGUAUAAAGAAUUUUUACGAUCAGUUCGUCAUGUUAAAAUAUCAAAAUUGUUAAAUAAAGUUCAAUCUUUACAGAUGUGUACUGGCAUAACAUAUGACUUGGUAGAUUGCGAUAAAGAUGGAAAUCUAAUAAAUCAUUCUAUUCCUCAUAAAUUUGACCUUAACAAUGAGAAAAAAGUACCAUUUAAAGCUAGUCAAUAUAAACGUCACAAAGAUUGUUUUGUUAUUGGCUCUGAUUGUGAAAAGUGUGUAAAAUGUUUAAAUUUUGAAAUUAAUUUUAUUAAAUGUAAAGUUAGUACUUCAAAAAAAAUUGAUCAACCAGCUCAUUUGAAUGCCCCAUUAUCUGUCACACAUCCAAAUCGUGUAAAGUUAGCACUCGUUGAAAAGCGUUCUAAAAAUAAAAAACUUUUGCAGAAUAUUGAAAGAAUGCAAAAGGAAAUACAGGCUAAAGGUAUUCAAGUCAGCACUUGUUUAAGUUCUGAUCUUGAUAUUAUAAUUAGUAAAAACCAAAAAAACAUGACACCAUUUAUGAAACUUUUUUGGGAAGAACAGAAUCGUUUAUUAACUAGCAAAGUUCCUAGAUAUCAUCCAAUGAUAAUUCGAUUUUGUCUUUCUCUUGCAUCUAAAUCAGCCUCAGCAUAUGAUGAACUUAGAGAUGCUAAAAUUUUAACACUUCCAAGUAGGCGGACACUACGCGGUUAUAAGAAUGCUAUUCGACCAUCUGUAGGAUUUAACCCAGCAGUGAUUGCUGAAUUAAAAGAAAAUACAAAAGACCUCUCUGAUAUUCAGCGAAAUGUUGUACUUUCUUUUGAUGAAAUACGCAUUCAAGACAAUUUAGUAUUUGACAAGUCAUCAGGUGAGCUCGUUGGAUACGUUGAUCUUGGAGACCCUGAAAUAAACUUUUCGACUUUUACUGAUGUAAAUGAUUUAGCCAGUCACUGUCUAGUAUAUUAUAUACAUGGAAUUGCAUGCGAUCUCAAAUUUUGUCUUGCAUAUUUUGCUACUAAUGGUGUAACAGCUAUGCAAAUAAUGCCAACAUUUUGGAAAGCUGUCUCUAUAUUAGAACUUUGUUGUAACUUGAAAGUAAUUGUUGCAGUUUCAGAUGGUGCCUCACCAAAUCGAUCAUUUUAUAAAAUGCAUAGUGGAUUAGACAAUCUAGAUGACUCAGAUGUUGUGUAUCGCACUAUUAAUUUAUAUGCACCUGAUAGUUUUAUAUAUUUUUUUGCAGAUGUUCCACAUCUAAUGAAAACAUUUAGAAACUGCAUGUAUCACUCUGGUGAGGGUAAAUGUACCCGUAAUCUUUGGAACCGUGAUCAGAGUAUUUUUUGGUCCCAUAUCGUUAAAAUAGUACAAGAUGAACUAAAUAACAGUCUUAAGGUUUUACCAAAACUUAGUUAUGAACAUGUUCAUUUAACUGCAUAUUCUGUAAUGAAUGUGCGAUAUGCCACUCAAGUUUUAAGUGCAAGUGUUGCAAAUAUUCUUUAUCGAUACUAUCCUCCUGAAACACAUGUUACAGCUGAACUUUGUUCACUUAUGGAUAGAUUCUUUGACUGUUUAAAUGUAAGAAACCAAAGUGAAAGUUUAUUUAAAAAGAAAUCAGACUUAGAACCUUAUCGUGAUUUGAAUGACUCUCGAUUUGAUUGGUUAUUGAAUGAUUUUUUAAACUAUUUUUCAAGUUGGAAAGAAUCUAUCAAAAAUCGUAAAGGAAAUUUUACACGCAAUGCUCGUGAUCGCAUUUUUAUUUCCUGGCAAACGUAUGAGGGUUUACUUAUAACGGUACACUCUUUUGUGAAAUCAACACGUUUUCUGUUAAGUGAAGGAAUGCCAUUUAUAUUGUCAGAGCGCUUCAAUCAAGAUGUAUUAGAAGAGUAUUUUAGAAGACAUCGUAGUCUUGGAAGAUGAAAUGAUAAUCCAACUUUAAUUCAGUUUGGCUAUCAAUCCAACACCUUGCGUAUGCAACGUUCUAUUGCACCAGUUACAGGAAAUACAUAAGGAAGUUUUAAGCAAAAACGUAGAGUUUCUUGGAAAUUUGUUGAUAAUGCUCCUUUAAAAAAACGAUCUACAAAGAAGUAAUUUACAAUCUUUUGUGUUUUUACUCGCUCAUAGGAUAGAGGUAUGUAUAUUUAUGUUCUGUUUGUACCUCUGGCAUGGUGUUAGCUCAAAUGUAAGUUGUUUUAUGUAUAUUUGUGUUCUGUGUAGAUCUCUGACGCGGUGUUGAUUCACUCGUAAGUCAAUUUUUUUAUGUUUGUGUUCUGUGUAGACCUCUGGUGCGGUGUUGAUUCACUCGUAAGUCGAUUUUUUUUAUGUUUGUGUUCUGUGUAGACCUCUGGCACGGUGUUGGCUCACCUGUAAGUCGCUUUAUAUUUGCUAUGUUAUUGUUGUGUUAUCAUUGUUAUGUUAUUGUUGUGUCUGUUUUUGUUUUGUUUGAACCUCUGAUGCAGUGUUGCUUUACUCAUAAGUUGUUUUAUGUUUGUUUGUGUUCUGUUUUAAGCUCUGGCACCGUGUUGGCUCAUCCGUAAGUUGUUAUAUGUAUAUUUCCUGUGUUAUUGUUGUGUGUAAUCAUUGUUAUGUUAUUGUUGUGGUGUUUUGUGUU